UACAAUACGCUUAAAAAUAUUACUGAGCUCCGCAGUAAGGUCUACUUACCCGGGUCAGAUACCUACACAGACCGAAUAGAGAUAUACUUCUCUAAGAGUACCGCCCUGGAGCCCUGGUAUAUACAGGCUCUUAAGAGAGCUAGUACUAAUCUAGGCCUUAUUAUAUACUUUAAUAUACUCCCGAUUAAGCUCGUUAGUCCCUUAAAGGGAACUAUCUGGGGAGAUAAUAUAAUAUUUAAAUCGGAGUCAGGGAAUAAUCUUAUUAAUACUUUAGUAGACUUUACUAAUACUAUAUAUAAGGAUAAGAAUAGUUCGGUUAGUAUAUCCUUCUUAUACCAGCCUAAAUUAGCAGGGGGUAUAAUAGCUCUGGUUUCUAUUAAAAAUACCCUUACUAUAAGUAAGCUACUAGCUUUUAAUAGCUUUUACGGGAUUAGGGCUAUACUUAAUAAUACUAUCAGAAUUAAUACUAUAUUAGUACUCUCCAGGGAGCUCUCGGAGGAUUAA